AUGGUCAGGAUAACAGAAGAGCUGGUAAGGAAAAGAGCUGAACACAAUGAGAUGCAGAUUUCAACACUUGAAGAAAUUUCACUCCAUCAGCAAGACAUUGAAAGAUUAGAACAUUUGGACAAAUGGUGCAGAGACCUGAAAAUCCUCUAUCUUCAGAGCAACCUAAUUCCAAAAAUUGAAAAUGUGAGCCGCUUGAAGAAACUGGAGUACCUGAAUCUAGCUCUUAAUAAUAUAGAGAAAAUUGAAAACUUGGAAGGCUGUGAGUCACUGAAAAAGCUGGAUCUCACUGUAAACUUUGUAGGAGAACUUACGUCUGUUGAAUGUUUGAAGAAUCUAUAUAACUUUCGCGAACUGUUUCUGACAGGGAAUCCAUGUGCAGAUUAUGAACAUUAUAGAAAUUUUGUUAUUGCAACCCUUCCACAGUUGCAGUGGCUGGAUGGUAUUGAGAUUGAGAGGUCAGAAAGAAUUAAAGCUAUUCAGAACCUACCUUACAUCAGAGGAAGAAUUUUAGAGCAGCAGGAAUCUUACAGAAAGAAAAGGGCAAAGCAAAAAGAAAAAUCCCAGAAUGUAAAUAAAGGAAAUGCAGUGAAUAGCCAUGAGAAUGAUGAGAGCAGCUAUGACAGUGAUAAUACCAGGGAUGAAACAAAUGCUCAUGGAGUUCCAGGAGACAGCAACAAAGAGAACAGGCCAGGCUUCAAUGGAAGAUGGUACACAGAUAUAAAUGAAGGAGACAAAAGGGCAAGUGAAUGUAAACAGACAAAAGAAGAUGAUAAAACUGAUGAAGAAAAAAAUGCUGAAUUCUGGAAUCAGAAGACGGGAUACACACCUGAAAGUAGAAUAGAAGUGCACAAUUAUAUGAAAGAACUGAAGAAGAAAGAAGAAAAACAGAGUGAAACAGAAACAGUACGACCUAGAAGAUUAUUUUCUGAUGAUGGACGCCCUUUUAAUGUUAAUGAACCAAAGGUUGAAUUUUCUCUGACAGAGGACAAUGAGAAUAUUAUUUUAGAUGUCGCUGUCUUUAAGCACAUGGAUACUUCACUGGUAGACUGUGAUGUCCAGCCUCAUUUUGUGAAGGUGACAUUGAAAGGAAAGGUACUGCAGUUGUGUCUUCCAGAGGAAGUCAAUGUUGGAAAUAGUACUGCCAAAAGAUCACAGAUAACUGGCCAUCUUCUGGUUACUAUGCCAAAAGUAAAACAGUCUAUUGUUUCGGCAAAAACAGCACCAUUGAAAUCUGCAAAGGAAUCAAGUAAAGAAAAGAAGAAACAGAAUGAAAGCAAUUACCUGGAAGUUGAUGCAGAAGCCAGAAAAGGUGUGGAUGUCACUAGAAUCAUCGCAGACAAUGAGGCUAAAAAGGCAACUGCUUUGCCAUUUGGGAGUAGAGUGACUAAGACAGAAAUUCCAGAGCAUGCUAACAGUGACAGUUUUGUUGAUGAUCCCUCAGUUCCUCCUCUUCUUUAA